GAGGAGGGAGAAAGGGAAAGAAGUGUGGAAUUUCUCAUCAAAUACGCAUAAAUUAAUAUCAUUUAGGCACGAUUACAGGGAUUUAUGGUUUAAAUCAGGUGGAGCAUGUUAGUGGAUGAAAUAUGAGGACCAAGGAAAAGUGAGAAGCAAAGACAGACAGCGGCUGACGGGACAAGCUGGAAGUUUACAAAGCGAGAAUCAUCCCGAGGUCUCCAUGACUGAGUAAAGGUAUCUGCACACGAUGUGCUUCCAUGUGGGAUUUACGUGAUCGGGACCUUGAGUCAGUGCAUACGGGACGCAAGGCUUUUCCUUUGUGUGGUUAUUAUGACUACAAACCUGCUUUAAACCCUUUUUUUUAUCAAAAUAAUAAGAAUUAUGACUUUAUGAAAGGAAUGAACAUUUGUUUUUUUUUAAGUGUUUUUAUUUUUUUCCUGCAAAAUAUGGAUUUCUAUUUUAAAAGUACCCGCUCUCUCUAACAUUUAAUGGAUCUUUAAUUACCAAGUUCUCGUCGUAUGAAUCUAAAAUACCAAUAAUAGUUUUCCAGGGUGAAUAAUUCAUGAAACUGAGCGCUAUAUCGAGGGCUGGAAAAAGUUACGGAAAUACAGGGAGGAGGAAUAACAAGUAGACUUGUUCGAAGUGGGAAGUGGGGAUGGCCACAGCGGCUUCCAAUCCCUACCUGGCCAGCAACAGCAUUCUCUCCUCAUCAGGCUCGGUCGUGCACUCGGAUUCCGGAGGUGGCAUGCAGCCUGGAAGCGCUGCCGUUACUUCAGUAUCAGCCGGAUACAGAGGAGAUCCUGCGGGCAAAAUGGUUCAGAGCGAAUUUAUGCAAGGAGCCAUGGCGGCAAGUAAUGGGGGCCACAUGCUAAGCCAUGCUCAUCAGUGGGUCACCUCACUGCCUCAUGCCGCUGCCGCCGCGGCAGCUGCAGCUGCAGCAGCAGCAGUCGAAGCCGGAUCGCCUUGGUCUACUAGUCCCGUGGGAAUGGCGGGCAGCCCGCAGCAGCAGGAUGUCAAGAGUACUUCAAACCGAGACGAUCUUCACUCCGGUACCUCGCUGCACCACCGGGGUUCUCACGGAGCUCACCAGGCGCACCAAAGCGCAUGGGUUGGCACCACGGCGGCGGCGCACAUCAGCACCAUAACCGCGGGUCAGCAGCAAUCUCAGCAGUCUCUCAUUUACUCUCAACCAGGUGCGUUCACCGUCAACGGGAUGCUGAAUCCCACCAGUAGUUUGGUUCAUCCUGGUCUGAUGCGCGGCGAAUCGCCCGAAAUGGACCACGGCAGCCACCAUCAUCACCACCACCAUCAUCAUCAUCCUCACCAUCACCAACACCAGCAGCAGCAACACGCGCACCAUCCUCACGCACAGCACCACGGCGGCGUGAACAGCCACGACUCGCACUCAGACGAGGACACACCGACCUCCGACGACCUCGAGCAGUUUGCCAAGCAGUUCAAGCAGCGACGCAUCAAGCUCGGCUUCACGCAAGCCGACGUCGGCUUGGCUCUCGGCACACUCUACGGCAACGUUUUCUCGCAGACCACCAUCUGCAGGUUCGAGGCACUGCAGCUUAGCUUCAAGAACAUGUGCAAGCUCAAGCCAUUGCUGAACAAGUGGCUGGAGGAGGCCGAUUCGAGCACCGGCAGCCCUACGAGCAUCGACAAAAUAGCGGCACAGGGCCGCAAGCGCAAGAAGCGCACCUCCAUCGAGGUGAGCGUUAAGGGGGCCUUGGAGAGCCACUUUCUCAAAUGUCCCAAACCUUCUGCGCAGGAGAUCACCUCAUUGGCGGACAGUCUGCAGCUGGAAAAGGAGGUGGUUCGUGUUUGGUUCUGCAACCGGAGGCAGAAGGAGAAGAGGAUGACACCGCCUGGUGUAGGCCAGACGCCGGAGGACGUGUACUCUCAGGUCGUCAACGUGAGUGCAGACACACCGCCCCCGUCCAUGGACUGCAAACGAGAGCUUUGUGGUAGAUUGCUUAAAAGAUGCAAGUUUGAAAGAUGAACCCGACGACCAGGUGGACAUAACUUCGUGCUCCUAUCGCCAGCUCAUUUUGGUGAACUGACAGCACAACCAUAAGCAAAAACCCAACCAGAUGUUUUUGGAUCACCCUCGAAAGACUUGAGUGAAAUGACUGACAAACUUAAACAGAACCACCAAAUGAAGUCAAACGAACUGAUGCGUCGUCGCCUUUCCAAACUGAGGAAUUAUAAUAUUCGUUAAAACGAAAUCUAAUUGUUUUAUCUGGCUAAAGUUCUCACCAGAAUCAUCUCUUUUUGAAGACCUGAUAUAUGAAAAAAACUACAGUUUUUCUAUUUCAUUGAUUUUCUUUUGAGGACCGGACUUCUGUGAAUAGUUUUCACACAGGAAAAGAUUUUUAAAAUGCACUUAAUCGUCCUCUCUGUGGACACUUUUUGGGGGUUUUCGGCUGAUUAAUUGUGUGCUUGAUUCCUUUUCCUUACUGCUAUUUCCAUGCAGUAGUUUUGGCCGAUUUUGAUAAAUCUGUAUACAUUUGACAAUAUGAAUUCUCAGUGGUGAUCAAUUUGCUUUAUAUUUUUUACUAAAAUCACACCUUUGGAGUAUUUCAUGAAGUUCCCGAAAUGUUGCCAGAUGUAAACUUUCUUUUAUAGAAGUAGCAUUUCAUGUACAUCCUUCUCCUCUCCUGCUUUAAUUACGAAAUCUAUACAGUUAGGCUGCCACAGUGGUUAUUACAAUUGCCUACAGAACAGCACAUUGAUAAAUUUGAUAGGCUGACAACAUUUUUAUUUUU